AAAAUAUAUAAAAAAAAUCCAAAAAUUAUUUCCGGUUUAAUAUUCAGCUUCUUUUUAUCUUCCCCUCCUACGUAGGCUGUAAUCAUUAACACACUCACACCCUCCCUCCCAUGCCUCCAAAAUUCCGGCCUCGCUUCUUUAUCAUUCUACUUCUAGCCACCGCCGCCACCAUUUCCGUACACAGUUUAUCAAAUGCGCUGAAUUUUGAGCGGCUUCCGUUGUUUCGAGAAGCGCCGGCGUUUCGAAACGGCCGGGAAUGUCCCCAAGUCACCUGGUCAUCCAUCAUCAAUGGACAGUCCCGCCAUGACCCUUCUUCGAUUAUCCACAUUGCAAUGACUCUCGACUCCACAUACCUCCGUGGCUCCGUUGCCGGCAUCUUAUCCGUAUUGCAGCAUGCCACUUGCCCCGAGAACAUCGUCUUCCACUUCAUCGCCACGCACCGCCGCGCCGAGCUCCGCCGCACCGUUACGGUGACGUUUCCGUACCUCAACUUCCACCUCUAUCACUUCGACGCCGAUUUAGUCAAAGGAAAGAUCUCUUCCUCCAUUCGCCGAGCUCUGGAUCAACCGUUGAAUUACGCGAGAUUUUUCCUCGCCGAUCUGUUACCCGCUAGUGUAAGUAGGAUCAUAUACUUCGAUUCUGAUCUAAUUGUGGUUGAUGACGUGGCUAAAUUAUGGAACAUCAAUUUGGGAGCCCACGUUUUGGGUGCACCCGAGUACUGCCACGCUAACUUCACGAACUACUUCAAUUCAAGAUUUUGGUCGAACCCGGCGUAUGCGGCGUCCUUUAGAGGGAGUAAGCCUUGUUAUUUUAACACAGGGGUGAUGGUGAUAGACCUGGUGAAAUGGCGAGAUGGGAAGUACACACAGAAACUGGAAUACUGGAUGAGGAUACAAAAGAAGUAUAGAAUCUAUGAAUUGGGUUCUUUACCGCCAUUCUUGCUCGUCUUCGCUGGGAAUGUGGAAGGGGUCGAGCAUAGAUGGAACCAACAUGGGCUUGGUGGCGAUAAUCUUCAUGGGUUGUGUAGAGAUCUACAUCCUGGUCCUGCUAGCUUGCUCCAUUGGAGCGGGAAGGGUAAGCCUUGGCUUAGAAUUGACUCCAAAAGACCGUGUCCCUUGGAUUCACUAUGGGCACCUUACGAUCUGUAUCGGCAUUCUUUACUCUUCUCUGAUAGUUGAAGCAGAAAAAGCUAGCUUGUUGCAGGUGGGAGUUUUCUUGUUUCACUGAAGUCACCUAAAAGGAAUAAAUAGGACUAAAGUGGAAAUGUAAAAUAUCGAUGCCUUCUCUCUUGACAAAGACAUAUGGGCGGUGGACUAGGCGGCCGAGGAUACAGAGGGUGCUAGACUGCUAGUCACGGCGGUUGUAGCGGGGAAGUGCACGGUUAUUGACUGCUGUGAGUUGGUGCAAAUGAGUGGGUAAGAACUAAGGAAGAAGGUUAAAAGGGGAAUCUGGUGGUGUAAUAUAAGGUGAGUGAUGCUUGAUUGGCUGCAUGGUAAAAUUAUCUCCAAAACGAAAAAAAAGGUAGUGGUUGAAGGUGGAGGUGCAUUUCUUGGACAAUGGAAAUCGCUUUCUUUUGUUUCGACAAAUUGUGGAAAGUGAAAGAAAAAGGCACAACAACAACACUGUUUUAACGGAUGAUGACCAUGGCCACUUGUUUUUUCGAUUUUAUUGAAUUGUGGGGUCUUCUGAUUGUAGUUAUCUUAAGUGUAUUAAUGUGGUUUAGAAUCUGACACUCUUUAAUUUGGUAUAUUUUAUUGGAUUUUUCCCCCUUCUAUGUGACUUGUAGAAUCUUGCACAUAUAUAGUUAUCUAUGUUCGUUGAGCCAA